AUGGUAACAAUUGGAAACGCACACGAGGACCUUAUUCACGAUGCCGUGCUAGACUAUUAUGGUAAACGAUUAGCAACAUGUUCAUCAGACAAAACCAUCAAAAUCUACGACAUUGAAGGCACGGAAAAUUACAAGUUAACUGCUACAUUGACUGGCCACGAAGGACCAAUUUGGCAAGUGGCAUGGGCACACCCAAAGUUUGGCUCCAUCUUGGCCUCUUGCUCCUAUGAUGGAAAAGUCUUGAUUUGGAAAGAGCAACAAGAUACACAACAAUGGUCGAUUAUCGCUGAGCACACAAUUCAUCAAGCUAGUGUUAACUCAGUGAGUUGGGCUCCACACGAAUUGGGAGCGGUGCUAUUAUGUACUUCAUCUGACGGUAAAGUUUCAGUAGUGGAUUUCAACGACGAUGGUACAACCUCACAUGUGAUCUUUGACGCACACGCCAUUGGUGUAAAUUCUGCUUCAUGGGCUCCAUUUACAGCUGCAUCAUCAACCUCGUCGAAAGAUGCAAAUACAUUGAAACAACACCGCAGGUUUGUCACAUGUGGUUCCGACAAUUUGGUGAAGAUUUGGAAAUAUGAUACAGCUCUGGAAACAUACGCCGAAGAGGCUAAGUUGGAGGGCCAUACCGAUUGGGUGCGAGACGUUGCAUGGUCGCCAUCCAACCUCGUGCGUCCGUAUAUCGCUACAGCAUCACAGGAUUGCACCGUUUUGAUCUGGACCCAAGAUAAAGACGGUAAAUGGCAAAGUCAGCCAUUGACUGAGGAAAAAUUUCCUGAUGUAUGCUGGAGAUGUUCGUGGUCUUUGAGUGGAAACAUUUUGGCUGUUUCAGGUGGCGAUAAUAAGGUUACUUUAUGGAAGGAGAAUUUGCAAGGAAAAUGGGAAUCGGCUGGAGAAGUAGAGCAAUAG